UUCAUUUCAGAAUUGUUCAGUUUGCAUGUUGCUGGUGGUGAUGACUUCAGAGCUUCGGCUGGUGGAGCCAAGAAGGGCCAGAGAGGUGCCAAGUUCUUGACUGUAGAAUCUAACCACAGAAAACAACUUGAUGAUCUUAUGAAGAAGUUGAGAAUGGCUACACCACACUUCAUUAGAUAUGCAUUCUUCCAAAUGGACAGAAGAGAAGACACUACUUCAUCGACUCGACUGUCUUGA